CCUCGCCUCCCGGCCUCCCUGAUGCCGAGGGAUGGAUAGAGCGGCUGCCCUGCGAGCCGCCGGCAUGCUGGAGAGGAAGGAGCGGAGCGGCGGCGAGGCGGCGGGGCCGCGGGGCUUGCCGGCCGUGCGGAGCACGCUGCAGCAGUGCGGGCUGCUGCAGGACCUCAUCGACAUCUCGCUCUCCAACCUGCGCGGGCUCCGCACCAAGUGUGCCGCGUCCAACGACCUCACGCAGCAGGAGAUCCGCACGCUGGAGGUGAAGCUGAUUGACUACAUCCACCGGCAGCGGCAGUGCAAGCUGAGCGUGCCCCUGAGCGACCGCACGGCCGAGCUCAACAGCUACCCCCGCUUCAACGACUGGCUGGACAUCGUCAACGUCAGGAAGGAGGUGGUGCAGAGAAUACCAGAGGAGCUGACCCUGGAUGCCUUACUAGAAAUGAAUGAGUCAAAGGUGAAGGAAACGAUGAAGAGGUGUGGAGCCAGAGACGAGGAGUGCUCCAGGCUCAACGGGGCGCUGAGCUGCCUGCGGAGGGUGACGGAGUCAGGAGGGGAGCUGAGGGACGACGUGCCGAUGGCCCUGCCCGAGCGCCGGGACAGCUCCUGCUCGCAGCCGGACCCCGCCUGCCCCCCGUGUGCCCCGGCCCGGGCCGGCCAGCCGCGCUCCGCGCCCGCCUCCACGGCCCUGCCCUGCGAGCCGCCCGCGCCGAGCCACGGGCCGUGUCCCCCGGCAGAGAGCCUGCUGGAGCCGCUGGUGCUGCCCGGCAGGCCCAGGACCCCGCACAGCAUCACCGUCACCCCCCCGGCCACGCCGCAGCCCAAGCGCCGGCACCGCCUGAAGCCGCCGCGGACGCCGCCGCCCCCCUGCCGCAAGGUGUUCCAGCUGCUGCCCAACUUCCCCACCCUCACCAGGAGCAAGUCCCACGAGUCUCAGCUGGGCAACAGGAUCGACGAAGUUCCUCCAAUAAAGUUCGAGCUCUCCCAGGGAUCCCCCCAGACGGUACGAAGAGACUUUGGCCUGGCUGUGACUCACAGGUUCUCUACAAAGUCCUGGUUGUCUCAGAUUUGCCAAGUGUGCCAGAAAAGCAUGAUGUUCGGGGUGAAGUGUAAGUACUGCAGAUUAAAAUGUCACAACAAAUGUACUAAAGAGGCACCUGCUUGUAGAAUAUCCUUCCUUCCCAUAACAAAAAUAAGAAGAACAGAGUCUGUCCCAUCUGAUAUCAAUAACCCAGUAGACAGACCCACAGAACCCCAGUUUGGAACUCUCCCCAAAGCACUAACUAAAAAGGAGCAUCCACCAGCAAUAAACCACCUGGACUCCAGCAGUAAUCCUUCUUCCACAACCUCAUCCACUCCAUCUUCUCCAGCACCUUUCCAGUCUUCCAACCCCCCCAGUGCGACGCCGCCCCCAAACCCGUCCCCCAUGGGCCAGAGGGACGGGCGCUUCAACUUCCCAGCUGCCUACUACCUUCAGCAUAGACAACAAUUUAUCUUCCCAGAAAUUCCCAGUCCUGCACAAACAGCACAACUUCCAGAAACUGCUGCAGACACUAACGCUGCCCAGCAGCCGGGCACGGGCAGAGGCGCGCGGGAAGCACAGGUGGAGGAGCCAGAGGCGAGUAAGUCGGAGCCCGAGGACGACGAGGACGAGGUGGAGGAUUUGCCCAACCGGCGGCCGCACCUGCAGGGGAUGAUCUACCGCAAACCCAGCCAGACCAGCGUGUACCUGCAGGAGUGGGACAUCCCCUUCGAGCAGAUCCAGCUGGGGGACCCCAUCGGCCAGGGCCGCUGGGGCAAGGUCUACAAGGGCAAGUGGCACGGGGAGGUGGCCAUCAGGCUGCUGGAGAUCGACGGCAACAACCAGGAUCAUCUCAAGCUCUUCAAGAAGGAGGUGAUGAACUACAGGCAGACCCGGCAUGAGAACGUGGUGCUGUUCAUGGGAGCCUGCAUGAACCCCCCUCACUUAGCAAUCAUUACCAGCUUCUGCAAAGGAAGGACGCUGCACUCCUUUGUGAGGGACCCCAAGAUCUCCCUGGACAUCAACAAAACCAGGCAGAUAGCACAGGAGAUCAUUAAGGGCAUGGGGUAUCUCCACGCAAAGGGGAUUGUACAUAAGGAUCUGAAAUCCAAAAAUGUCUUCUAUGACAAUGGGAAAGUUGUGAUCACCGACUUUGGAUUGUUUGGAAUUUCGGGUGUGGUUCAGGAAGGAAGGAGGGAGAAUGAACUGAAGCUGCCUCAUGACUGGUUGUGCUACCUGGCCCCUGAGAUUGUCCGGGAGAUGGCCCCAGGGAAAGAUGAAGACAAGCUGCCUUUCUCCAAAGCUGCAGAUAUCUAUGCCUUUGGGACCGUGUGGUACGAGCUGCAGGCGCGGGAGUGGCCGUUCAGGACCCAGCCUGCAGAGGCUCUCAUCUGGCAGAUCGGCAGCGGAGAGGGAGUGAGACAAGUCCUUGCCACUGUCAGCCUGGGCAAAGAGGUCAAUGAAAUCCUCUCGGCCUGCUGGGCCUUCGACCUCAGUGAGAGGCCCAGCUUCACUGUCCUCAUGGAAAUGCUUGAAAAACUGCCAAAACUGAACCGCCGGCUCUCCCACCCAGGGCACUUCUGGAAGUCUGCUGACAUUAACAGUAGCAAAGUUGUCCUGCGUUUUGAAAGAUUUGGCUUGGGAAUCCUGGAGCCGAGUAACCCAAAGCUGUAGCCCGGUGUCAUUGUGGCCAUGCUGGCUGCCUGCUCCCACACAGCGCCAGAAACCCUCCCUGGCUGCUCCACUGAAGACCAUCAGCUCAGCCCCGUGCCUGCCUGAGCACCAGCAGUUAUUUAACAAUGUUUACAUGAUACUUUUGUGUGAACUAUAUUUUUUUAAACAUAAUAAACAGUGAAUCAAGUUGAACUACAGCCAUUCUCAAACAGCACUGAAAAAGA